CAUAUUUAAACAAAAAUGUCAGUUAUGCAGCUUUGUGGAGUUUGUAGCGAGCAUGUUCCUAAAUACAGAUGUCCGUCCUGCAGGAUCAGAUAUUGUUCGGUGAGUUGCUUUAAAAGACACAAAGAUGAUGAUUCAUGUCAUCCGGUUAAAGAAUCAGAUCCAGCCUCCAGCAGCUCAACACCGGUCACCAGCGCCGAACAGCCGUGGACUGUAGAGGAUCUUCUUGAUGAAGACAGUCAGACUGACAAGGUGCCACUACAGAAACUUCAGCAGCUGGGUGGUUCAGAGGCGCUGAAGGGUCUGCUGAGGAAUCCUCAUCUCCGGCGGUUAAUGAUGUCCGUGGACUCGGCUGAAGAUAAAGCCAGAGCCAUGAAAGACGCCAUGCAGGAGCCGCUGUUCGUGGAGUUUGCUGAUCAGUGCUUAAAAAUUAUUGAACCGACAGAAACAGAGAAUGACGACGAUGAUGAUGAAUUCUGAUCAGACGGAACUGUCACGUGUGGACCGAUUCCUAACAGAAUUGCAUCAAAAUUUUACAAAAAUGUUGAUGUAAUGAUGUAAAAGUUGUAUUACACCGAUGUCUAUUGAAUGCGAACAAUGUAAUGCAAUGCAAAAAU